ACCCACACCCCCCAUCCCUCGUUCACCUCUUAUUUGUCUGCUUCCUGCCGGCUUGCAUUCCCAUCCUCACAUCGAACCUUUUUUUUCUGGUUUCACCUGAUCUCUUCUUCUUCCCCCCCUCUCCCCCCUCUUUCUUGUCAGACCAUGUCCUACUAUCCACCUUACUCGGGCCCGCCCGGGUACCCUCCGCAGCAAUAUUCCUAUCCUCCGCAGCAGCAGAGCUAUGGCUCCCCGCCGCAAUAUCAGCAGCCACAGAUGAACCCUCACCACUCACACCACCACUCGUCCUACGGGGGCGGUGGUUACCCCGGCCAGGCUUAUCGCCAACAGCAGCCUCCCAGCAACCCUUACCAAUACAAUCAGCCCUCUCCUCAGCCGUACCAAGGAUCGCAACCCCCCCAGAAUGGUUAUAAUGUAUGUCUUGCAUGAUGGAUGCAUCGCAGUUCUGCAUGCUGCUGGGUUGGAUGGUAGCUGACGUCGCUUCUUCUAGGGUGGCUAUCCCGCUGCCAGCCAAGGCCCGAUGUAUGGGGGCCGGCCAGGCAUCGCCGACGUCUACCAUAACUCCUACAACCAAGGCAACCACAGCGCCCCUGCACCUCCCCCUAGCGACCCUGUCAGCUUCGGCCAAGGCGCGCCGCAGGGCUACAACUUCCAGUACUCGCGCUGCACCGGCAAGAGAAAGGCGCUGCUGAUCGGUAUCAACUACUUCAACCAGAAGGGCCAGCUGCGCGGAUGUAUCAACGAUGUCAAGAACAUGUCCACCUACUUGAACCAGAACUUCGGAUACGCUCGCGAAGACAUGGUCGUCCUGACGGAUGAUCAACAAAACCCCAUGAGUCAACCCACCAAGGCUAACAUUCUUCGGGCUAUGCACUGGCUCGUCAAGGAUGCCCAGCCGAACGAUUCGCUCUUCUUCCACUAUUCUGGACACGGUGGUCAGACGCCUGACCUCGACGGCGACGAAGAUGACGGAUACGACGAAGUUAUCUACCCGGUCGAUUUCCGGGCUGCGGGCCACAUUGUUGACGACGAGAUGCACCGGAUUAUGGUCAAACCGCUGCAGCCGGGUGUCCGACUGACGGCUAUCUUCGAUUCUUGUCACUCGGGUUCCGCGCUCGACCUGCCUUACAUCUACUCGACCCAGGGUAUCCUCAAGGAGCCCAAUUUGGCCAAGGAGGCGGGUCAGGGCCUGCUGGGUGUGGUGUCGGCUUACGCACGUGGCGACAUGAGCAGCAUGAUGUCGACGGCCGUCGGGUUCUUCAAGAAGGCGACCAAGGGCGACGAGGCAUACGAGCGCACCAUCCAGACCAAGACCAGUCCGGCCGACGUAGUUAUGUGGUCCGGCAGCAAGGACGACCAGACCAGCCAGGACGCCCAGAUCGCCGGCCAAGCCACCGGCGCCAUGUCCUGGGCCUUUAUCAGCGCGCUUCGCAAAAACCCGCAGCAGAGUUACGUGCAGCUGCUGAACAGCAUUCGAGACGAGUUGUCCGCCAAGUAUACACAGAAGCCGCAGCUGAGCUGCAGCCAUCCCUUGGGUAAGCAGUCGCCUGUCGCUUCGUGAUUGUUUUGGGAAGAUGGAGUUUUCUGACGGAAUCUUUUAGACGUGAAUCUGCUCUAUGUUAUGUAAAUAGUUGCUUUGUAAUUUGCGGGGUACUUGCGGGGGGUAGUUAUUUCUCUUCAUUCGGAACAGGGCAAAAGGGGUUCAGUCAAUUCAUUGUUCUUCACUUUCUUCCCUUUACUACCCACCCCUCUGGCUAAGCGUGAGAUGCUAUGAUCGCCUUGAGUAUGUCUGAAAUGCCUCGUUAUGCCUUACAUGCAUUGUAUGUGACUGGGAUGGGGGCUGGCUUUCGCUGUUCAUAUUGAAGAAAAGAACGAUAAAUCAAAAUCAAUCGAUCAAUAAAUUACUACUCCA